GGGUGGUAUGAAGAGGGUCUGGAAAGUCUGAGUACGAGCUGUCUGCCAUGCAGCUGCUCUGCUUAGGGCUGCUUGCCUUGCUGGCUGCCUGCCUGCUUGCCUUGCUGGCUGCCUGCCUGCCUGCCUGCCUGCCUGCCUGUCUGCCUGUCUGCUGCCGUUCGUGGGCAAGGGGUCCACCAUAUCGCUCGAUCCAGAGCAUGCUAGUCAGACGUGUGCGGCGCUUCUGCAACUGAUCCCGCUUGCCCUUCAGGCCGAACGCCGGCUUCAUCUCAGCCAUGGCGUCGGCCCUGUGUGUGCUUGUUUCUGCGCCACGGCAACAUCAAACUCACUUCACUUCACUUCACUUCACUUCACUUCACG